CGCUGCUUGUGCGGCCCCUGGAGAAGGAGCGCGCGAUGGCCCGGAUGCUGCGCUUGAUGCAGUUCCUGUCACGGGUCGAGGAAGGCGAGAACCUCGAUUGCACUUUUGAUAAAGAGUCAGACCUCACCCCUCUGGAAUCAGCAAUCGGUAUCCUGGAGCUCAUUCAUACAGAAUUCUCUGUGACUGAGGAGACAAUGGAAACUCUUCGGGAAAUGGUGAAGGAAGCUGCUGUUAUUGUCUGCAUCAGAAACAGAGAGUUUGAGAAAGCUGCAAAAAUUGUCAAGAGGCAUAUAGGGAAGGAGCCCAAAGGCCAGAAAAAGAACGAGUUGCUGACUGUCAUCCGGGACAAGGAUUGCAGUCAUCCAGUGGUCAGAAACUUCUCUUACAAGAACUUCCAGCGCAGCACAUUUCAAUUACUGGAGACUUACAUAGAUGAUUCAGAGCCCCCGCUGCUAAUGAUGAUUAAAAAGACUUUGAGCUCAGAACAUGCCAAAAGAACAAAACACUCAUCAGUGACUCCUAAGUCUGUAAAUGGGCCAAAGGAUGAUUCACUGGAGCCCUUGGGAGGGGCAAAAGGCCCAGAAGGAGCUCCAGAGCCUGCAGAAAUGGCAAAAGACAUGGAGAGAGCUCCCAGCCCUGCAGAAAGGGCAAAUGACCCCAUAGCAGCUUCAGAUCUUACGGAAGGAACUAGUGACUUUGCAACAGCUUCUGAGUCUGUGGAAGGUACCGACCCAGCAGCAACUCCUGAUCAUAUAAUAGCAGCAGAUAAUAUUUUGGAAGAUGCAUCAGAGCCGAUGCAGCUAUCUGAAGAACCAGCAGCAACUCCAGAACUUGCAGCUGCUGACCCAGCAGCGACUCCAGAACUUCCAGGAGUGUCUUCCAGGGACUCAGAAAGGGGGCCCUCUGGAAAUGUAACCACGUAUGGGAUUUCUGUUCUGAGAGAAGCUUUCAAGAUCCUGUCUGACUCCCGGGAUUCUGAUGCACUCUUCACCAAACUGGAUGAAACAGACUUUUCUUUCCCCAAGCAACUGUCUCCUUCUGUAUCCCACAGAACCAAGAAACGAAAAGAAGAGGAGAAACAAGAUUCUGACAUCUCAGACCCUCCUGAAAUUAUCCAUAAGACCAGGCGCUUGUACACCAUAAGCAGACUGGUCAUGGAGCAAGACAGCCAAUGCAGCGAGUUGAGUGAGAGGCCAGACUCUUCUCAGGAGCCAGUUGUAUCUUCUGCUUCCAGACCUGUUCAGAAAUUGCAUGACCAGCCUGUAUCUACCAAAACCAGCAGCCAAAGGAAGUGGAACAGCUCAUAUGGGUUGGAAGAAAAAGAGAGUUGGAGUGAGGAGGAUGAGCUUUUCCCGGGUGCUGCAUCAUUUGAGACAGCCAGCCACAAUAGUACAGUCUUCGGUUCCAAGAAACAGAAAUGGACGGUGGAAGAGAGCGAGUGGAUCAAAGAGGGCGUGCAGAAGUUUGGAGAAGGGAGAUGGAAGGCCAUUUGCCAGAAAUACCCCUUCCAGAACCGCACAGCUGUGAUGAUCAAGGAUCGCUGGCGAACCAUGAAAAAACUGGGAAUCCUCUAA